AUGAAGCUAAGUGUACCUGAAACUAUAUCGAAUCCUCGUGAUUUUCUUCACACGAGUGUUCCGCAACUUACUGACCUCGAUUCACUUCUUCGAUGUCAUAUCUGCAAAGAUUUUUUAAAGGCAUCGGUCUUGACGCCAUGCGGUCAUAGUUUCUGUUCCAUUUGCAUAAGAAAGUACCUUCAGAAAGAGAGCAAAUGCCCAUUAUGUCUCAGUGACCUCACUGAGUCUAUGCUACAAAAAGAGUUUCUAGUACAAGAGAUUUGUUCAAGUUACGUGAAACUGCGAGGUUCUUUGCAGAAACACUUGACAAUAUCAUCUCAGGAAGAGGAAAAAGAUAAUGAAAUAAUAAUAUCUGACGAGGCAGAUACAUCUGUAGGUACAAAGAGGGGUACUCCAGAUAGCCCAUCUUUAUCUUCAGUAAGUACUAAAAAGAGAAAACAUGAUGGUAUAACAACGUUGUUAAUGAAAAAGAAAACGGAUCAUCCACAGCGGCAAGAGAAGAAGGCACAAUGUCCUAUAUGCUCCAAGCACCUGCCGCUUUCAGAAUUAGAAGGUUCGCAUAUUGAUGAGUGUUUGAACAAAGGUAGUAGUUUGGAGAGAUCGGAUUCUUUUGAGAUUUUGGAUGAACGUACACCCUCCCCUUCGAUGGAAUCUUCGCAUCAACCACUAGAAGAGAAGACUAGCCUGCCGUCUUCACAUUUGCUAGAGGUAAAAGAAAAGAAGGAUAUCACGUACCAUAACGAGAGGUACUUAAAUUCUGGGCUGCUGCAGCAAAAGGAAAAUAGAUUACCAAGAUUGGAUUUUCAGUCUUUAUCUAUGACACAAUUGAAACAGAAGCUUGCUUCUUUGGCUCUACCAUCAAAUGGCACCAAACAGCAAAUGGUAGCGCGAUACAAGCAUUACGAAAUGUUAUGGAAUAGUAAUUUUUUAGAUUCAAUUGAUCCUGUUGACGAAAAUGAACUUAAACGUCGUCUAUCCAGUUGGGAAGCUAAGCACAAUACAGACCAUUCUUCUGAUAGCAAUAGCAUAACUAACCUUCUCAGGGGUAAUAAACGUACUAAUGCUAUAAGUGCCAUGAUCAAACUUUUUAAAAGCGAUAGAUUUGAUAGAAAAGGUUGGAUGAGACAUCACACGUCAACGUUUAAAGCAUUAAAAUUGGAAGCACAACGUUCCGAUAAACUUGCAAAGAUGAAGAAGGAAGAGCUCUCCCAGAAGAGUGAUGCGAACUCAGAAGUAAGUUCGGAACCUAUACUAAAGAUUGAUCAAACGUCAGAGAAUAAUUAA